AUGAUUGACAUGAAGGGUUGGCCUCGUGCUCCUCAAGUCGAUGAGACUGGUAGCAGCAAUAUUUUUGUUCUCGCAAUUUUCAGCCUUGGAAUCCAAGGCAACGUCCAGGCCUAUUUCUCCAUCUCCUUCAAUGUGGCGGGUGCCACCGUGGCCACAUACAGAGACUUCAUAGGGACACUGCAAGAAAUCGUGUCACGGGGAACCGAUACAGUCAAUGGUCUACCAGUGCUGAACCCCGAAAGUAAAGUGUCGGUUGGGAACCGGUUUCUUCUGGUCCAUCUCAUCAAUGGCGUCACCGCCACGUUGGCAAUAGAUGUGGUGAACCUUUAUGUGGUGGCUUUUAGUGGUGCAAAUAACAAAUCCUACUUUUUCAAAGGCGCUACGACACUUGAACUAAACAAUUUAUUCAACGGCACCCAAAAAACCAACUUAACCUACACCAGCAGCUAUGACAGCCUUGGGAAGCAGUCAACGGCGAGGGACAAGCUCCCUCUGGGACCAAGUCCCCUAGCUAACGCCACCACAAGGUUGUGGUACGGUGGGAGCGUAGCCGAACCGGUUCUUGUGGUCAUUCAGAUGGUCUUGGACGCGGCAAGGUUCAAAUACAUCGAGGAACAAGUCCGUAAAAUAACCGGUGGAAACACUUCUACACCAAAAGGUUUGAUAGUGAGCAUGGAGAACGAAUGGGGGUUUAUGUCCAAGCAGAUUCAGCUUUCGAAAGAUGGAGAAAACAUCACUAAUAGCCAUAGUUCUAAAUCGCGGUAUCGGGUAACGUAACGGUAUCGAUCGCGG